CACACACACACACACACACACUAACUACACACACACACUAACUACACACACACACACACACACACACACACACACACACACACAGACUGACUGACUAACUACAGACACUAAACUACAGACACGGCGGUCCUGGAUCGGUGAUACUGGGGGGAGUUUAGUAACUGGGAGGGAAGAGGAUGGACACCGUGGACGGCGUAUUCUACCCGAGCCACAGCGGUGCGGUCAGUAACCCCCUGCUGGACCAGCUGCCCAGCUACCAGUCCCUGCUGUACCGCCGAAAGUCCUCGGGCACCAGCAGCACAAAACGCCGCAGCCUCAAUCGCGGGCGCCAUGGUUCCACCAGCAGCCGUAGCGGGAGCGGGAGGUGGGCAUCCGGACGGUUGGAAGAGAGACCACCUACCCUGCGCAGCACCGCCGACCAAAGACCGGCCCGGGAACUGCCCUGGAGCAUGGAGGAGAAACGCAGGCACAAGGAGCAGAGGCUGCAGCAGUGUGGGGACCUGGGUGGCUGGGCUCAGUGGCGGAUGAGUGCUCGGCACUAUCUGAAGAGAAUGAAAGAGGACGGGCAGGAUCUGCUGAGCGCUCUGCAGCUUUGGAGAGCAGAUAUCCACAUGAUCGAGGGUAUGUUUGGGACAGGUAUUCAGUCCUAUUUCUCCUUCCUGAGGUUUCUGGUUCUGCUGAAUUUUGUUAUGUUCUUGCUGAUGUUCAGCUUUGUGAUGUUGCCCAUCGUCAUCUCCACCCACACCUCCUUCGUCAACUCCACCUUCACCGGCGGGACAGGAAGUGAGUGCAGUGUGUAUCCUCCAACUUCUCGACAGGGACUGGUGGUGUUUCACCAGCACAUCAUUGACCUGCUCUCUGGAACAGGAUUCCUGGAGCAGACCUAUCUGUUCUAUGGUUACUAUAAAGUGAACAACAUCCACUUCCCCUCGUUCAGCUACAACCUGCCGCUGGCCUACCUGCUCUGCACCAUCACCUACCUGCUGCUCAGCCUGCUUUGGAUUGUCAAGAGGUCGGCUACGGGCUUUAAGAGGAAGCUGGUUCAGGAUGAAGAUCGUUUUCAGAGUUUCUGUAAUAAGGUUUUUGCCGGCUGGGAUUUCUGCAUUACCAAUGAGAACGCAGCUCGCCUCAAACACAGCAGCCUCCUCUACGAGCUGAAGACAGAUCUGGAGGAGGAGCGUAUCCGGCAGAAGAUGGCAGAACGCUCCCGUAAGGAGAAGUGUCGGAUCUAUUGUCUCCGGGUGGCUCUGAAUCUGUUUGUUAUCGCUGUGCUGGUCUGCUGCUUCUACUGCAUCUACAGCGCCACCAUCUUCUCCCAGCAGAAACAGGCCCAGGAUCAGCAGUAUUAUUUUAUAGUAGAGCUGAUCUUUGAGUAUCUGCCCUCCAUCGUCAUCACUCUCGCCAACUUCAUCACCCCCAUCAUCUUCAGCAUCAUCAUCAGCUUCGAGGACUAUUCCCCCGCCUUCGAGAUCCGCUUCACACUAAUGAGGUGUGUGUUUAUGCGGUUGGCUAGUAUCGGAGUGCUGCUGUUCUCUCUGUGGUCUCAAAUCACUUCCUGCAGUAAUGGAGUGUGUACCUGCGGAUACAACCACACCCUCUACCCCUGCUGGGAGACCCACGUUGGGCAGGAGAUGUAUAAGCUGAUGAUCUUUGAUCUGCUGAUCGUGAGCUCCGUCACCGUGUUCGUGGAGUUUCCCCGAAAGAUCCUGGUGAAUCAUUGUGAGUGUGGGCUGGUGAAGUGGUGGGGUCAGCAGGAGUUCGCCAUCCCUCAGAACGUUCUGGAGAUCGUUUAUGGUCAGACCAUCUGCUGGAUCGGGACCUUCUACUGCCCCCUGAUGCCCGCCAUUAAUACCAUCAAAUACUUCCUCGUCUUCUACAUCAAAAAGGUGACCCUGGUGAAUAACUGCCGUCCUGCGUCACGCCCCUUUCGAGCCAGUAGCUCCACCUUCUUUUUCCUGGCUGUGCUGCUGAUUGGAUUAGCAUUAGCUACAGUGCCUGUAACCGUUAGCAUUGCACAGAUCCGUAGUUCUGAUGCAUGUGGUCCGUUUGUGAACUUCACCACGUCGUGGGAGGCGGUGCCGCGGGCCGUAUCCCAGCUGCCCCUGGGGGUGAUGACCUUCCUCAAUGCGCUUUCCUCCGAGGCCUUCGCCGUGUCCUUCUUCGUCAUCACCUGCCUGGCGAUGUUUUAUGUGAUAGCGUUAGCUGGAGCUCACAAACGUGUGAUCACUCAGCUGCGAGAUCAGCUAGCCAUGGAGGGUCGAGAUAAGAGGUUUCUGAUACAGAAGUUGUGUCAGGCUCAGUCGGAACUCCCAUCUCGCACUUCCCGCUCUCGUGCUUCCCACGGCUACCACGGCAACCCCCACUCCAGCACAUCGGGGGUGUUUGUGGUGCAGCCGCUGACCCAUUACGAGACCCAGGCGUGAUAGACGCUUGUCAUUGGCUGAGAAUAAGAAGUUCUCUGUAUUAAUUGGUCAAACUCAUGAGCAGCUCUCCUGUGAGUGGGUGAACUGUUAGCGCUGCCUUUUCAUUGGUUGGAUUGUUCAUGCUGCCUUUUUAUUGUUUUGACAGAAAGUUUACAGGUCAAAUCUGACAUUACUAAACUGUAGCGGUGGGAGGAGCUAAAGCGAGAGUUCGGCGAGAAAUCGACGCAGUGUGUGUAGUUUUAGCUCUGUUGGUAAUGUAGCUACCGAUUCUAAUGUGGGAAAAUAUAGUAUGUAUGUAAAAAAUGCCUAUUCUGCACCAAUUAGCAUGAGGCUAACUGCCUUGCUAAAUCAUUACCUCAAAGUGUGUGAACUACAUUGAGUAGAGGCUUGGCUAGUCUAGGCUAAGCUUGGCUAAGCAUUGCUUUUUGUAGCUCCAGUCCUUAUUGGUUGGUCUAAACCUACACUAGGUUUUGGGUAUAGUAGCAUAAUAGCUGUAAUGCUAAUUGGUGGGUAUAGACUUCCAUUGCUUGUUAGUUACAUUAGCCUCUUAGCUUCAGUAUAAACUAAUUUUGCUGUCGCUUUAUUCGUUACCUGCACCUCACCUGAGCUCUACCUGCACAGGUAACAGCCAGGAGGACAAUACAACACUACUGACCUGUUUAUCUAUGUUACUGCAGUGUUCCCGUGUGCCUUUAUUACUGUUUAUUACUGUUUACAAACUGUUUAUUAUUGUUGUAUCUAAACAUUCUUUUAAAUAAAACACUACUUUAUGAAAUCUGAGAAUUAAAGAUAUUAAUAAACUGCA